AGCUCAUAUCACUUCACUGUAUAACACAAACCAUUCAGCGAAAAACGGCAACCAUGAACAAUAUGCUCAUAAUGUUAAUGGUGGCUGCAUUUUUGUUUUGCAGCCACCAACAAGUGGCCACAGCGAGAGAAGUGGUUGUGGCCGAAUUGGCCGUGGCCGAUGACAGGAAUGAGUUACAACUACUCUGGCCAUGGGAAAUUCCAUGUUAUCUGACAUGGCCAUUCCCGUGGCCACCGCCACCCCCAUGGCCAUGCCCUCCUCCACGUCCACGACCACGACCACGACCAUGCCCUAGCCCUCCUCCACCACCACGACCGCGACCAUGCCCUAGCCCCGCCCCGAGUUCGAGCUGCUCAGCUAGUGAUGAAUCAAAUAUUUACAGGUGCAUGUUCAACGAAACUAAAAUUGAUCCAUGCUGCCCAACAUUCAAGAGCAUACUUGGUACUAGUUGCCCUUGUUAUAAAUAUGCAGAGAAUUUGGAUAAUCAAGUGUUAAUUACUAUUGAAUCUUAUUGUGAUGUUGAUAGCCCUUGCAAGGGUGUUCAAGUGAUUAAGCUGUCCAAGGAAGAGGAGAAGAAGAAGAAGUAAAAAUAAAGUUUUAAUGUUUAAUUCCAGAUCAUUUAUUAGUAGAUGAUUUGCUAUUAAUUAUCCUUUAUGUUGAAAGUCUCUAGGUUAUGUUUUUGGUCUUCCUUGUUGUGUUUCAGAAAUAAUUUGCCAUAUAUGUCAAAAUCUUAGUACUAAUAAUAAGAAUAUUAUAAUAUAUAAAAUCUCUCAUCUAGUAGUAUCCUUUCAUCAAA